AUGAAUAAACAUGUUAGUGCGCAGAUCCGGAACCAAUUGACUGACAGUCAACAUGGUUUUCGAGCUGGUAGAUCUACGGCAACUAACCAUAUUAAUUUUGUAAACUAUGUUGCUGCUGAAAUGGAUGCAGGAAAACAAGUCGACGCUGUGUACUUAGACUUUGAAAAAGCCUUCGACCGUGUCGAUAAUGACCUACUGUUCCUAUUCAAGAAAAUGUAUGGCUACUAUCCGUUCUUGUAUCCAUCACUUUAUGUGACUGGUAUGGUCGGAUUAGAUACUCUUGAGCUGAGACGGAAGAUGAUUCUUAUGGUGCAUUAUUAUCAGCUAUUGCAUAACAAAAUUGAUAACUCCACUGCACUGGAAUCAGUGUCGUUAUAUGUGCCUGAUGGCUACAUGCGCGGAUGUUUGCCAAAGAAAUCCGGUCAGUGUCCAUACUUAGUGCCUCAGAGCGGAGCGUGUGAGUGGUCGUGUCGGAGCGACGCCGAGUGCUCCGGGGGGGAGAGGUGCUGCGCCACCGGAUGUGGGACUGCUUGUACGCAGCCCGUCCACCAGACAGCUUGCCAACAGAGAAGAGCUCUAGCGCUUCAUACGGCCGCUGAGAGCGGAAACCCUCCCGCUUGGGCCUGGGUCCCGCAGUGUACGGAAGACGGUGCUUACCAAGAAGUUCAGUGCAGAAGAUCUGACAAGACAUGCUGGUGUGUCGAUACUGCUGGAAACGAGAUCCCCGGUACAAGAACUAGCAACUCCACACCGACUUGUGCCUCUCCAAUCGAAUGUCCGGAAACGAAUUGCAAUGACAUUAUCGCCUGUGCUCAUGGACAAGAGCUGGACCGCAGAGGCUGUCCCACUUGUGAAUGUAGGGACCCCUGCGCCGAAGCCAAGUGCAAACCUGAUGAAUCUUGCGAAUUAGUGCCUUUGGAUUGCGAGGGUGCAGUGUGUCCGCCGUUGGCUCGAUGCGCGCCGUCCCUGCGGUGCCCGGACAGCACCACGCCGCUUGGAGCGCCGGAAGGCUUAGGAUCAUUGAUAUGCGGACCUAACGCUGCGGCUUGUCCAUCCACACACGCUUGCAGAUUCGCCCCGCACGACUCUGGACCAAAUGUUUGCUGCCCCAAGCCUCGUACCGUCUGCUUCGAGAGCAAAGACGAGGGUAAUUGCACGGAGGGACAAGUGUUAAACACGACAAGAUGGCACUUCAAUCACGAGCGGAACAGAUGCGAGAGGUUCCGCUACCACGGAUGCAGCGGAAACCACCAAUUUCAGGUUUCAGGACCAAGGACGAAUGCAUACCGCUCGUAUGUCCCG